AUGGGCAUCGAUCGGUGCAGGGGUGAAGCCAAAGAAAUGCAAAGCUGCGGCGAGCACAAUGAGCCGUGGCGCUGCGACGACGUACUGCUAUGCGUCUCCAGCGUCGAAUGGAUUGCCAAAAAUGUCUUCCUUGUUGGCGUACCGUCGUAUAGGCGAAAACUAAGCUGUGAACUGACAGCAGUAGAUGUGCCGCGUGGCACUGCUUUGGAGCUGAUGAACACCAUUGCAGCCGUCUUGAGAAGAGUUAAUGAUGCGAUGCGUAUUUACCUGCGACAAGACUUUUAUAGUAACUUUCCAUUAGAAGGCUACGGUGAUGUGCUCUUCUCUGCAGAGUCGCGGUAUGACCGAACCGAGGAACUGCACUGGUGUUCCUUGCAGGAGACCCUCGUGCGUGCCGGGGUAGCGUGUGUCGUGCGUCCUAGCGUGGUGAGGUUCGAUGCGCUACUGGAGGCAGAGUUACACGCGGACGUAAAUGGUUCGGAGUCCACGUGGCUCUCGCAGCUGCAAAGGCGUGAGCGCUCUGCUCUCUUUUGCGCGGUGCGCCGGUGCGUUGUCGAGGAUGUGAUGCGAGGCGAUGUGUACCGCGUUUCGUGGAUGUCCGCGGAUAAGUGUGACGACGCCGUGACUCUUCCUCCGCUUCUCAUUCUUGAUGCCACUGUGUGCCAGUUGCCGUCGACAGUGAAAGGAUUUGCGGCAAUGCGGUGGGCGCAGACUUCUCUUCUCCACCGGGAGCUGCUCGUGCACGUGCACGCGGUCUUUCCCAGUGACAAGGACAUUGCGUACAACACCCAACUCGAGAUGUACGAGUACCUCGCCAAUGUCCGUGGGACGGCUUGGGUCCUGUGCGAGAGUACUGGGGAGGAGAGUCACGGCACCGAUGUUGGGGAGGUGUUGGUCUCCCUUGGACUCGGAUGGAUUCGGCGUGUUGCCGAUGCCGGAGUGCCGCGGUCAAGCAAUCUGUUGUCGCUCUGCCGCUCUGUUGGCAUCUCUGCAACACAGGCGCUAUCGCGCUCCUUCGCGAGCAACGGCUCUGGGACCGGAAAUGAGGAGGUGGCACUCCCCGCCAACGUUUGUGCAGAUCUGGCACUGGCGUUACGCCUCCUACCUGGCGCCGUUGCUGGGCUGCUCUUGUUUAACGGUGAGUGGUGGAGUCACGCUUUCUUGUACUGCGGGGCCAGGCAGCGAGUGCCACCGACGUGCGAUGUUGAUCAAGCUCCAGGUGCCACACGCAAGCUCUGGAAGACGGUGCUGUGGUGUGGCGAUAUCCACAAAGACCCCAAUGACGAGCCGCUUGUGUACAUGCACCGCCCGAUGCGCACUCUCUUCCCGCUUACUGGCUUGGCGGUGGGUCGGGUGCGACUGCAAGGGUAUUUGGAGGGGGCCGCUCUGCUCCGGUGCUGCAAAGGAGCGAGGGCGUUUCUGCAGGUCGAAGUGACGACGAUAGCGACCGCUGCCGAGUGGAAGAAGCGACGCUAUGAUGCUGGCUACAGAGACUUGUGUAUGGUGAACUUCUACCCCACCCCUGACGAGAUAAUCUUUUCCCCCAGCGUCAAUGUCUUCAUCUCGGCAGCAGGAAUGAGCGAGAACGCAGAGACGCGACUGCGAGUCUCGUGCAGUCAUUACCUGGCCGAGGCAUUUCUGCUGUCUCAGCACACGCCAUCAAAAGACUGGGUUGUCACCGAGGGGGAGCAAUACGUAGCGUCGCUCUCCCUCAAGGGUACAAACGGCAGUCCGACAGUCUUCGUCUUGGAUGUGGUAGUGGAGAAGAGGGACGAGUGCGCCAUGAUGUGGACACAGUGUGGCUCUGAUAGAGCCGUUUACUCGCUCUCGCUGGGUACCAGCACUGAGGUGAGUAACUCGAUGGAUGACAAAGAGGCCGACGGCGACAUGGACGAGUACAUUGCAGAGAAAAACACCGAUAACUCAGCGACGAGCAAACGGAAAGGUGUGCUUGUGGUCCCUUCCCUUGUGCAUUUCCUGUCCAAGCUGAGCUUGUUCUUUGAGGUGGAUACUCGCCAACUGGAGGAUGACAACAGCACUCGCGCACCCCUCUUUGCACGCAUCCAACGUGCCUUUUCAGAUCUCCUUUACGAGGAUGUGCUGGUUCUGCCUGUGGGUGUGGCCGAAGUGAAUGGAGUUCGCGGCUUGGUUGGCGAUCUGCUGUUCCCAAGCGAGCCGGUGCCGCGAGCCACUGCGCAGCCACUGCAGGCCCGCACAGAGCCUCUGUUUCACCGAAGUCUGCUGAGCUGCAUUGGGAGGACGUGGUGGUGCUCUGGCGCAGCGGCAACAGCAGCACCUGCUACGACACCCUGGCCCAUGAGUAGUGCCGUCUACGAGGCGGUGCAGUCGAGCUUCGACGUUGCACUGGAGGCGCUGGCAAGAGAGGAGUGGACCGCCCGCCUGGGAUUACAGCAGGAGGUGGAGUGGCAGCUAGAACUGUUGGAGCAGCAGGCGCGAAACUGUUUCCCACUUUAUAACCUGUCGGAGACACUCUUGUUCGACAAAGAGCCUGCGCCCUCAUUGCUGAGGCCACAUCCGUGUCUCUGCCUUACUGCUGGCGAGCCUUUACUGUGGUAUGACAGCGCAACAGGGUGUCCCCGGCUCUCUCUGUCGAAGGAACUCUUGCCUCCUACCGUACCACUCUCCCUCUUCGCUGUACGACCGCGUGAGCUCUUUUUCAACUCCACCAUUCGAAAGAAGGCGGUUGUUCAGUGCACUGACGUGCCUCUCCAGCGAUCGGUGCCGGAGAAGGCUUAUGAACAGCUGGACUGGGCUUUCAUGCGAUUGAAGUUUCCCAACCUGCCUAACAUCAUGCACUCUGACUGGGAGCGACUUCCCCUUUCUCUGCGCAACACAGAGCGGGCCCUGUGCGACAGUAUUGUUCGCAAUGCUGUAUUGACGAACGAGGUACCGGACAUGCUCUACGCCAACGAACACAUCUUCUCUUUGUUGUUGUCCUACCUCGCCUAUCUGCAGGCCACGUCGAAACCUGUCGCGGCCGAGGACGCGGCGAUGACUGACCCAGGCGUUGGGCUCGCAACUGUCUACAGACUACUGCAGCAAUACUCUGCCUCUUUUCUGGAAGAUUGCCGAUCGUCCAUGAGCUUCUCGGCGACGCUGUUUGUGCUACCGUCCUUCAAGGCUCACGGUGACACGCCCGGUGUACCACCCAGGCGCCCGCUCUUCUUGGGGAAAUGCGACAACUACGCAACGGAUGUCUUUGAAGUGCCGUUGGCCGACAACGCAAGUCCGGAAAUUGUUGCCUUUCCAGUGCGGCAAGAUGUUACACUUGCCUGCGUGUCAGCGCUUGGUGUGGAGGCACUGGUGCAGCCGUGCGGCGAACCCCGAGUGUGUGAAACCUGCACGAGCGUCGACUCCGGCGUGGAGCCGGAAAAGCUGCGAACCCUCGGCGGUAGCAGUCUGGCGUGGGGUAUGGCCACAGAGGGCAGUACGCCGGUCCUCUAUCAUCCCUUGCCGUGGUUAGCCGUACUUGGCGCUCCGUUGGUGGAGCAUGAUGAACUUACUCCAGAUGCCCUCGGCCGUCUUGGAUUGGAGCACAACAUAUUUGCCGACGUCACUGCGGCGACACAGCCGACCUCAACAACGAUGACACGGCGGGUGGUGGGACUGCGCUACCGCUGCAUCUCUAAGUUUUCGCGAAAGAACCUGUACAAGAGUAUCUCAUAUAGCCGCGUAUCGAGCAGCGAAAUGUACAGCAUCCUCCUGAAUGAUCGUAAGCGAGGGGCGGAGAUACAGACAUACAUGUCCUUGCUGCUGCGCAGGAGAAGUGCCAGCGGAGCGUGGGAGGGAAACGACAACGCCUCGUCUGCUUUCCCAGAUGGAGAGUUGACAGUGUACGGCCUGCCAUCACAGCCGCUGUACGUGCACUACCGCUCUCGCGCGGAUCUCCGCUUUACCCUCAGCACCGUGUGCGCCCCACUUCGGAAAGAAGUGCUGAAAGUGGAAGAGGUACGCCAUGUACGCGGCACGUCAAAUGCCAUGAUGGAUGAGGUGGAAACGCGACUGCUCUCCUUGUAUGCCGAGGCUGCUGCAGGUUUUCUGCGGCGCAUCUAUCAACGAGUCCAGAAGGAGCAAGUGCCGAGUGAGCCUGUGAAGCAGGUGUUCCUCAGAUUCUUACUGCGAUGUCGUGACGAAGCAGUGGAUCCCUACAUGGCCAUUAAGGUUUUCCCGGUUUACCAACACGACAGCGAGGGGAUGCAGCGCGUCAUUGAUCACGCAGACAUUUGGCAACGGCACUCCAUCUCGCAGGGUAACCCACACCGCCCCUUUUCGCGCUACAGGUGUCUGCACGGCCGCUUGGCGCUGGCAGAGCUUCACGUCACCUACGACGCGGCAACCAACGCUUUUUGCGCGAAGUGGAACGAGGCGUAUGAAAAAAAGCCUGCCUCGCACUCCUAA